CUUAAAGUCACAACAGACAGAAGAACCUGCAGAAAAGGAGAAAGAAUGGCACGAAAAACAAUUCAGAUGGUUUGUGUGGUUCUCGGCGCCAUCGGGCUGAUUGGGGUCAUCAUCUGCUGCGCCCUGCCUGAGUGGGUUGUGGGAUAUGAGGAUGAUAAGGAAGUUCAUGUAGGUCUGUGGAAGAUAUGUGCAAAGCAGGGAACUGGACCGCAGGAGUGUGCAUCAUAUGACUCCCAGGCAUCAGCUCAAAUUCAGGCCUGCAGGGCCUUGACCAUCAUCAGCUUCAUCCUCUGUGGUCUCGGCCUCCUCCUCCUGAUCUUUGGUUCCGACUUCACCCCAUGUGUUCAGAACCAAGACGCCAAACCCAAAAUGAUAAAGGCAGCCGCAGUGGGCCUGAUACUGGCCGGCAUGCUGGUGAUCAUCCCGGUCAGAUGGUUUUCAAAUAAUAUUGGAAACGCAGCAGAGGGACUGAUGCUGGGAGCGAGCAUCUAUGUCGGCUAUAUAGCUGGUGUGCUGAUGAUCCUGUCUGGAGUUCUGCUCUGCUACUUAAGCAGAUCCAGAUCCAGCAACUAUCACCAGCUUCAGAGCUAGGCUUGAUGGAAGGGACUGGUGUCCGAUAGACGGGUAGACAAGGGAGAUGAUUUGGUAAAAACUGGGAAGAUGACAUCAAAUUAUCAUUUCUGUACUCUUAACAUGUAGUGAAGCCAUGUUUUCUGUAACACAUCUUUUAUUUUUCUUUUGACAAAAUUCCCAGUAUUUUUCUUAAAAUCUCUGUUAAAAUUAAACUUCAUAAAGAUCCUGAGUAUAAAAAUAAUUUUAAAAACAUAAAUGUCUGAAUGCAGGAAAAUUUGAUUUCAGUGAUAUUUUGAUGCAUUUUUUAAAUUUGCUUAUUAAAUCCAUUUAAUGUUUUUUUCAUGCUUUCUUAAUUCCUGUUUAAAGAAAACUGUCAACAUAAUUACUAACCAGAUUUGCUUCAAUUUCAUGAUGUUUCUCAGUUUUCUGCUUUACUUUCUAUUGAUAAAACAUUUACUGUAACUGUUUCUGUUUUUGUACAAUAAUAAUAGAUCAUCAUCUUUGGUCAGAUGUGAUUGGAAAAUAAAUUAGAUCAAAAAAUGAAAAAGCUUUUUUUUCUACAAACAAAACAAUGUAAGCAACUUUCAGAAAACUUUACUUCGGCUGUUUGAUUCUUCAUCUUUGACUCACAUGCAAAAUAUUGAUUUACCUUCAAAUAAAGUGCUACAGUCUGA